AUGGGACUCAACGACCAAGGGCAGCUGGGGCUGGGGGAAUCCAACGCUCCACCGUAUGUCCCUGUGAGCGCUUGCUACUGCUACUGCCGUGUUGUUGGGGUAAGCACCCGUGCAGCGGAUGGCAGGGUGUACAGCAUGGGACUCAACGACCAAGGGCAGCUGGGGCUGGGGGAAUCCAACGCUCCACCGUAUGUCCCUGUGAGCGCUUGCUACUGCUACUGCCUUGUUGUUGGGGUAAGCACCCGUGCAGCGGAUGGCAGGGUGUACAGCAUGGGACUCAACGACCAAGGGCAGCUGGGGCUGGGGGAAUCCAACGCUCCACCGUAUGUCCCUGUGAGCGCUUGCUACUGCUACUGCCGUGUUGUUGGGGUAAGCACCCGUGCAGCGGAUGGCAGGGUGUACAGCAUGGGACUCAACGACCAAGGGCAGCUGGGGCUGGGGGAAUCCAACGCUCCACCGUAUGUCCCUGUGAGCGCUUGCUACUGCUACUGCCGUGUUGUUGGGGUAAGCACCCGUGCAGCGGAUGGCAGGGUGUACAGCAUGGGACUCAACGACCAAGGGCAGCUGGGGCUGGGGGAAUCCAACGCUCCACCGUAUGUCCCUGUGAGCGCUUGCUACUGCUACUGCCGUGUUGUUGGGGUAAGCACCCGUGCAGCGGAUGGCAGGGUGUACAGCAUGGGACUCAACGACCAAGGGCAGCUGGGGCUGGGGGAAUCCAACGCUCCACCGUAUGUCCCUGUGAGCGCUUGCUACUGCUACUGCCGUGUUGUUGGGGUAAGCACCCGUGCAGCGGAUGGCAGGGUGUACAGCAUGGGACUCAACGACCAAGGGCAGCUGGGGCUGGGGGAAUCCAACGCUCCACCGUAUGUCCCUGUGAGCGCUUGCUACUGCUACUGCCGUGUUGUUGGGGUAAGCACCCGUGCAGCGGAUGGCAGGGUGUACAGCAUGGGACUCAACGACCAAGGGCAGCUGGGGCUGGGUGAACCCAACGCUCCAACGUACGUCCCUUCGCCCAAAGAGGUGGUCGGCUUUGAUCGGCCUGUAGUGGCCAUUGCAGCUGCUGCCUUCCACUCAGCAGCCAUAGAUGAGGCCGAUCAAAUGUAUCUGUGGGGCGGCAAUGCCGCCCGCCAGCUUGGACUCGGCUCACAGGCGCUGGUGGGAGUGAGCAUCCGGCACAUGGGCCUUGGGGGUCAGCACACCCUCGCUGUCACUGCCGACGGGCAGCUGCUCUCAUGGGGGAAGGGUCUGCUGGGCCACGGCUCACCCGACGGGCAGCUGCUCUCAUGGGGAAAGGGCCUGCUGGGCCAUGGUCCUCUGCCGCUCUUCACCAACCUCCCUUCCCUGUACCAACCCCCACCCUCCCCAUUCCCCCUUCCUCUCAGCCGACGGGCAGCUGCUGUCGUGGGGAAAGGGCCUGCUGGGUCAUGGCCCUCUGCCGCUCUUCUCCCGCCUCUCCAGGAUGUCCAGCGAUGCCGUCGACGCCGCCCGAAGAUCAUGGCUCCCAGCACCAGAAACAUCACUAUUUGCAGCGCCAUCACCCCCACCAGCAGCAGCCGCCCCGUAUCCCACACCAGCGUUACUAUCACCGCCGCGACUCCCACCCUCCCCCGUGCAGCUACGCUGACGCACCACCCCCCAUGGCAGUGUCGACUCGGGUCGACUCCCCUCACAGCCCCCCACGGCAGUGUCGACUCGCGUCGACUGUGUGCACACUAG